GCCGACGCGCCAGUUCAGCAACCCCGCACCCUGCCAUGGCGCCCACGCGCUCGGGCACCGGAAAACCCGCGAAACCACGAGGCCGACCUCCGAUUGCAAGCAAUGCCAAGGUGACGAAACAUCGAGAUCGGCCGCCGGGCAGUCACAACUCCCUACCUAUGACCAAGCGAGGACCCAAACCCAACGCUGCAAAGGUAGCUUCCAAUCAGAAGCGCAAGACGGUUACCCAAGAGGUAGCACCCCAGUCAGGCACAAAGAGGAAGACGGCUGCAGGCGAGGAGCAGGAGGGCAAGCGUUCAGCUGGAGGGAAGAAACGGGAACGGCCAGAACAAGUGAGCAAUACAGGAGCCGAGGAGGAGGAGGAGGAAGCGGAUGAACUUUCAUUCACUCAGGCGGAGGCCGUCCCAACGACGGUGCGAGGUCACAAACAGGCACGAAAGGAGCAGGCAAGCUCGUUAAAGAAACGUGCUCGACCCUCGCGGAACCGCAAAGACGAAUCGCUCGUCCGUGACGCAGAUGAAGCAUCUGCGCAACAGAACAAAGCGCAAGACUACGCGCAGCUAGCACCGCGCACAAGGAGGAUUGCGCGCGAAGUGAUAGAGACCUGGCCGCGUGUCUCACCACAAAUAUUGGAUCAGAUUCUCGAGACAUUGCGGGACGCAAAGAAGGACAUUGUCAAUACACAGCGGGACGAGCAGAGAGCCGUUGCUGCAGAUGAAACAUUGAAUUCUAUUAUACGAAUGCUUGCGCGCCAGUUGUCGGGUUCACGGAUUCCUCCCCAAGCCAAAGACAUCCACUUCAACAUCGACAAACUCACUGAGCGAUACGCACAUCUCUUCCGAGAGUUGGCCACAGCGCGCCAUUCACAACAGCUGCUUACCGAGCAGGUGAAGGUAGCUCAGCACUUGCUCAAGAAGGAUGAAGAAAGCCUGGAGCAGCUGAGGAAGAACGCACGAGAUUGGAAGACGACGUGGAAGCAACAGGAAAAGCAUGGUCGGAUGCAUCCGCUGUUGAAGGACUUGGAAAAUGAGAUCAUAGAUGAUGGGCCUGACGAUAUUGGUUGGAAGCAGUGCAAGGCAAUGGAUGUUUCGAUGCUCAAUACCCCUGAUUCCGACCUCGCACCGCAGCUGGAGCAACUCCAGAGGAGCCUAGAGUCAAUGCAGGGUAAUCACGAGCAAGUGGCCGGCAUCGACGUUGGCAUGAGGAAUGCGCAGGUGGCGCUGGACGAUGUGCUUUUCAAACACGCCAGCGCAGAGCAGUAUGCAGCGCUAUGAAGUAUUGACAUGCAGGAUCGGUUCAGCGUUCAGGGGAGUGUUUUCCUGUCCUAGAGGGUCUGCAUGGCUUGGCUACGGGAUUUGAUGCAUGGAGUAACGUGGGACGCGGUACUGGGACUGUCUUCUACGUUGUUGUCAAGCUUCUGGGGACACGAAGGCGCUUUUUCGAUAUUCUAGGCCAGGGCCCAGCAGUGGAAUCCCAGAUACGGGGAUACGCACGACGAUGACAGCAUGACUGGGAGUUCCGGCGGACAGAGCGAUGCGCAGAUGGGGGACAGAGUCGUGGGCGAGUGUCAUGGCAGUCUGCCGAAUAUAGAAUUCAGCGAUCCAGCAACAUGGUUCUCGGAGCCAUGCAUGC